AUGCGGGAAUCUACGAUGUACCCGAAGUCAAGAGGUAUAAAAGUUCUCUUGGUACAGCCUCAUGAUGAGGCCGCAUCUCAACAGCUUUUUCGUACUCCAGAGUCAAUAUCUAAUUUAGUUAGAGUAAAGCCGGUUGUGAACCAAACUGCAAGUUUUUACCAAGAUUUCUCUGCUCUUGAGAAAUUGGGUUAUUAUUCUGAUUGUCUGGUGAAUAUCAAUGCUUAUUGUGAGAAGAGUAUUGGCUCAAGGGAUGAAUUGUACGAUGCGGGAAUCUACGAUGUACCCGAAGGAGAUAGACAUAUUAGGGUUAACUUAAUGUUAAAUCUAAUGCUUCUUACGGCAACGUUCUAUUCUAAGAACAACCCAAAACUUUUGAUGGUGAUCUCAAAAAACCUCCCAAAUGACACUGAGUUUGCCAGGGUUGUUGGUGCUUUGCAGUCAAGAGGUAUAAAAGUUCUCUUGGUACAGCCUCAUGAUGAGGCCGCAUCUCAACAGCUUUUUCGUACUCCAGAGUCAAUAUCUAAUUUAGUUAGAGUAAAGCCGGUUGUGAACCAAACUGCAAGUUUUUACCAAGAUUUCUCUGUGCCUACCACAUACGUGGAUGCGCCUAAGACAGGUGUAUUCUGGGACGCCCAGGAUUCACCACUCCCUAAUCAUCUUGAUCCUGAAUCCAUCUUUCAGAGUAUCAAAUCAGCACUUGAGGGAAAAGGUUAUUUUGCUUACAUAUCAAUAUGGGUUUAUGCUGACGAGAAGAUAACCUUCUCGAAUGAAUUACUGAAUGAGUAUCGCAAGUCUGACAUCUACUUCCUUCCCAAAGUUCCAGGGGAUAAAAAUCUGAGAUAUGAUAGGAUGUUACAUGACAUUUUUUUAUGGGAAAUAGACACACCUGGGGGACAUGCUGGUCCAUCAAAUAUGUUUUAA